AUGGUGACAGCGUCGGAGCGAGAGCCGGAACAAGGGCCAACACCCCCUUAUCAAAACAAUGUCGACACCACCUCAGUCUCGUCUGCCUCAACCGUCCACAAGCCCACCGACACCCUGAACGAGCAGGAGGAGAAAUCUGCCGCCGCCGUUCUUGAGAAAGAAAAGGGCGAGGAGGGAGAUAUACAAGUUGAUGCCGAGACCGAGACGGAAGACCAUACUAACUACCCCCAUGGACUCAAGCUGGUCACACUCAUCAUCGCGCUUUGUCUGGCUGUCUUUCUUGUCGCUCUGGACCAGACCAUCAUCGCCACGGCCAUUCCCAAAAUCACCGACCGCUUUCACAGUGUCAACGACAUCGGUUGGUAUGGGAGCGCAUAUUUCCUUACGUCCACGGCGCUCCAGCCGAGCUUCGGGCGCAUCUACAAGGUCUUCCAGAUCAAAUGGGUCUUUCUCUCCGCCAUUGGCGUUUUCGAACUUGGCUCCUUGAUCUGCGCCGUUGCCCCGUCAAGCACUGCGUUGAUUGUCGGAAGAGCCAUCGCCGGCAUUGGUGUUGGCGGUAUCUUUUCUGGAUCUCUGGUCAUCAUCGCUCAUUCAGUCCCUCUGAUUCGCAGACCCUUGGUCUUUGGGGUUUUCGGCGCCAUGUGGGGGCUCGCCAGCGUUGCAGGUCCGCUCUUAGGAGGUGUCUUCACGGACAAACUCUCAUGGAGGUGGUGCUUCUACAUCAACCUCCCCGUCGGCGCCUUUUCCGUUGUCGUCGUCCUCUUCGUCCUUCACAUCCCUCAAGACCCCAAACUAUCAGAGAAGCCCCUCCUCAAGCGAGUGAUGGAACUCGACCUCGUGGGCGCUGGCAUUUUGAUCCCUGCAAUCGUCAUGCUGCUGCUCGCCGUGCAGUGGGGCGGCUCAACCUACCCGUGGAGCAACUCCCGGAUCAUCGGCCUCUUCGUUGGCGCGGGUCUCAUGCUCGUCCUCUUCUCCGUCUCCCAGUGGCGACUGGGCGAGGCGGCCACGAUUCCUCCCCGCCUCCUCAAGCAGCGAACCCUGAUGGCGGCGUGCGGCUUUGUCUUCUUCUUCGGCGCCGGCAUCUUCAUCCUGAUGUACUACCUCCCCCUCUAUCUGCAGAGCGUCAAGGGCUCCUCGCCGACCGAAUCCGGCAUCCAGAUCCUGCCGCUCAUGCUUUCCACGGUCCUGACAUCCAUCAUUGGCGGCAUCAUGGUCACGAUCAUCGGCUACUACACUCCCAUCCUGAUGGGCGCGUCCGCGCUCAUGGCCGUCGGCUACGGCCUGAUCAGCACCUGGACCGUCGACUCACCCUUUGGCGAAUGGUUCGGGUACCAAAUCGUCGCGGGUCUCGGCGCCGGCUUCGGCUUCAAUUUGCCGCUUGUGGCCGUGCAGACGGCUCUUCCCAUGGCAGACAUCCCCCAGGGCACCGUCCUGCUCAUGUUCUGCCAGUCACUGGGUGGUGCGCUCUUCAUUGCCGUCGGACAGUCGGUCUUCUCCAACGGCCUGGUCGAAGGUGCCGCCAAGUACGCCCCGGACUUGGAUCCACAGUUCCUCCUCCGCACGGGCGCCACGGCCAUCCGCAGCGCGCUGCAGCAGAGCGGGAUGGAGGGCGAGCUCCGCCAGGCCAUCCAAGCGUACGUCUACGCGCUGAAGGAUUGUUAUCGCGUGUCUGUUGCGGUGUCGUGCGUGGCAUUCAUUGCGUCGUGCUUCCUGGAGUGGAAGAACGUGAAGAAGGCAAAGCAGGCUGGCGGCGGAGAGGCUAUCCCGGUGAUGGCGUAG